AUGCUGAAGCUGCCCUUCCUCCUCUUCACCCCCAUCGGCGCCGUUUGCGCCGAACGCUGGAGCUUCCUGGGGUGCUGGAACCCCCACUCGCUGUCCACGGCGUACCGCCUUGACGAGGUCUCCGCGGUGCUGCGCAACGUGGGUAUCAUCGGCUUGCCUGGUACGGGCGUGCGAUCGUGGCAAGGUGAAGCACAUCAUGCGGCAUCGGCGCCCUACCACCACACGGUGCAGUUCGGCUGGGCUCGGAGUCGCCUCGUCACGAAGGCUUGCGGAUGCGCCAUCAUGAUCAACAAGACUUGGUUCGCCAAGAAGGACCUCAGACAGAUCCCGAGCAAGGGCGGGAACGUCAAAGUCUACAAGGACACGUGCGACCAGCUGCUCAGGUGGGCGAAGCAGGAGUUCCUGAAUAUCCCCCAGAGGUACACGCCCGUGAUCUGCAUGGACCUCAACUCGAGCCUGGUGGCCAAGGCGAACUCCGACGUCGUGGGCGCGUUUGGGGCCGAGCCGGAGUCCGUGUGCGGGUCCGCCGUCCACGAGUGGCUCUCCACGGUCGGGCUCAUCGCCAUCAACACCCAGUACGAUUGUGGCCACACCUUCGAGGGGACCAACGGCACCAGCCAGAUCGACUACGUCUGCAUCCCUGCAGCGGCGGCGCCGCUGGUCUCCUGGACGAAGGCGUGGAGGCGAUCGGCCCAAGCAGGGGGGUCCAUGCCUGCGGUGCUGGACCACAUCCCCAUCGUGCUGAAGAUGAAGAUGGCGCCGCCGAUUGUGCUCACCCCCCUGCGGGUUCGCUGGGGCCGUGCCAAGCUCAGCCAGGCUGCCCUGACGGGCGAGGGCCGUGAGGCGUUCUUGGACGAGCUCCAGUACGAGCUGCAGUCCCACCGCGCGUCCUUCGAGGUGCUGGAAAGCCGCGAGGUCACCACGGGCCACGCUUCGUUGCUGAUGAGCAUGAUCCGCACGACGGCGCUGAAGCACUUCUCCCAGGCCCCAGCGUCCAACGAGCUGGUCGACCGCAUGACGAAUGAGAAGUGGAGGAUGCUGAAGGCCCGCAGGACCCUGCUGGGCGACGUGGCCAAGCUGGCGAUCGCGACCAAGGCGUACACGAAGGCCCUGAAGUCGCAUCGGCGGAAGUCCUUGGCGGAGAGACGGAGGAUGCCGGAAGAGGACUUGGCGCACGCGUGGAAAGUGCGGGACAUGGCGGCGGUCCCGCGGCUGUCGCGUGCUCUGGCUGGCACGGGCAUUGGCAUCAAGAACAGGAAUUACCGCGCGCACCCGAGCUUCUCGCCGUCGGUGUCCGAGCGGGCGCAGUUCCUGGAGCUCCCCCCGUUACGAGGUGGCCUGGCAGGCGCUGCGGUGUCUGUCCCGUGGCGUGCCGAGCUUGCCGAGGAGAGGUACAAGCAGCUGAAGGACGUCGACGAGAGUGCGACCCCUGACAACUAUGAGGUUCCCGAGCACGUGCGCGUGCAGGCGCUGAAGGACUUCAAGAUGACGGCCAAGGCGAUCCGACGCACCAUGCUGGUGCGUUUCUCGCCUGCGUGGUCGGCGCCUGCUGAAGUGUACAAGAUCCUGCUUGGCCCCGCGUGGAUCAACACGCCGGGCGAGUACUGGAAGAAGCCUACGGGGGUGGGAUCGAGGCCCGAGGCGAUCAUGAACGACAACGCUACCACCCCCGACCCGUGCGCGAAGUCCCAGCUCCUGCACCUGGCCAAGUAUGGGGAGGCGUCUUUCAGGCUUCAGGCUCUUCAGGACCAGCUGGAGGAGCGCGCGCUCGCUAGGCUGGCGGGGGAGGAGGAGAACGCGGAUGCUGAUGUCCGGUAUGCCGCUGCUAUGACGGGUACGAAAAGAAGCCGCCUCACGGUGAUCAUCGACGCUGUUGAUGAUAGGUGCGCGGUUCGCAGUGGCAGCGGCGGCUUCGUGGGUGACGCGUCGGAGCCCGAGAUUUCCAUGGGGAACUACCACCAUGCGGUCCGCGCCUGGUCCACCUUCGAGCGCUUGCAGACCGCGGGCGCCAUGGCCAUCAACUUCAGCAAGUUCCCCGCCAUCGACGCGAGCAUGGGCGCGUUCAUGGACGACAUUUUCAAGACGGCGCUAGUGGACCGCGAGACGAUCAACGCGGAGGACAUCGCGGCGGCCUCCAAGCGGAACGACAUGCUCCUGGACCAGGCCCUGGCAGCGCGGAUGUGUGCGCAGAAUAGGAGCAAGCAGGACGUCGUGCCCGCGCUGCGGUCGCGGCAACUCACCAGGCAGGUCGUCCUUGGCCUGCGCCGUUCUGGGUGCCGUGCUGGCUACGAGCUGAAGCACCUGCGUGCGUGGUUCAACGCGGUGGGCAGCAACGCGAGCGAGCUCAAGGCGCGGCUGCAGGCCCUCAACCGCGGCUGGACGAUGGUCAGAGGCUUCUGGGGGUCGCACGCGCCGAAGAGAGUGAAGCGGCUGAUGUUCAUUUCGCUGGUGAGUGGCGCUGGCUUGUCGGGCACUGCGUCAAUGGCCUGGGCAGAGAGCGAAAACCGCGCCAUCUGCUCGGCGCUGGCGAAGAAGCUGCGCUACCUGAUGAGCGGCGCCGCCGCGUUCAAGGGGGGCCAAGUUCGCUCUCUCACGUCUCGGGAGGUCUACCGCUACUGGCAGCUCGCCCCCCUUGCGCUCGAGGCGACGGUCCAGAGGCUGCAGGCGUGGCAGAGCGUGUUCCGCAACCCUGCGAACCACGCCCACUUCUUGUCGGUCUUCUUCGGCGCCGUGAAGUGGGAGCUGGAGGCGGAGUUCUCGUGCCCACCGUCGCUGACUCCUGCGGGUGAUGUGAACGAUCGCCCUGGCCUGCACCCGUGGCUGCUGCAGUUCAAGAAAGACAUGCAGAUUGUGCUGGGCCACCCCGAGGCCGAGGAUUUUGCGCGCGCCUGGAGCGGCGAGAUCGACGAGCUGAUGUUGGACCCCGUGGUGAACAGCUACUUCCUUGCCUUUGACCCGCGCUCCUUACGGACUGCCUUUCAUGCGACUCAGUGGAGGCCGCCUGCGUCGCUGGCGGACUCUGUGCCUGCGGAGCUCGACGGUGAAGAUACGUCGAGAGCUGCACUCAUUGCACACGUCACGCAGAGCAAGGAGGAGGGACAUGGUGGGCGCAGUAUCUUCCACAGCAUCACACCCGCGAGCGUGUGCAUCAACUGCGGCACGGUGCACCAGAAUCGUAGCGAGGCUGUGCGACACCUAGCACGACCAUGGCACGCUGGACGGUGCCUACGCAACAACACGGCAUACCCGUAUGAGUUCAAGGACACGCACGAGUGCACGUGCAUGGAGUGCGGCGUGGCGCGCACGACGUACGCCUCGUUCCGCGGCCACCUCUGCUCCCACAUUCCGCCCGCAGCGGGGGGCCUGCCGAUUGCUGCGGUCGAGCCUCGCAACAAGGACAGGAAGCUGCAGGCGAAGGACGACGGCCUGCGCGAGCUGCUGCUGCUGACGAUGCGCAGCCGCGCGAUGUGGGGCAUGCUCACGAAGACGAUCAUCAUCGACGACGGCUCGAAUAUCGCGAAGGCGAUGCAGGAGGAGCCCAGGUCAUUCUCGGAGAACGCGAAGGGGAUGUGGGAGCAGGUGAAGCGGAUGAAGGACGCGGCGAAGCAGGCCAAGGGCGCGAACGACAAGCCCGCGGAGGUUCAGGCGGACAAGGACGCGGCCGCCGCCACCCUCGCGCUGCGCGAGCUCGCCCCCCCGACGGCGACGAUGUUCUGCGCGAUGGUCGAGGCGCCCGCGGUGGAGGAGGUCGGGCGCGCCAACAGGCAGACGCUCGAGGCGUGGUCCACGGCCACGUUUGGCGACCCGCCCGGCUUCGUCAAGCUGUGCAGGCUCGAGAACUGCCGCCAGCAGGACAAGGUCAAGAUCGCGUUCUCGACGACCGAUCAGGCCAAGGAGAACAUCCUCACGGAUUCGUUCAAGCAGCUCGACUGCGUGGCCACGUCGGGCACUGCGCCCUCGGGAUACAUGGAGGACGAGCUCUCGGCCUGGAUCGACGGGAUGGACUCCAGGGAGCCGAACUACCUCGUCCUCCUCUCCGUGGUAGACGAUCGCUCUGACGCGUGA